AUGAGCGCCCCCGCCGACUCUGCCCAACCUCUGGCGUCGACCAGCAACGAUCAAGUUCCCACCUCUGCUGAUAUCACCACCAGCGAUGCCUCGAGAGGACAGUCCGCCUCCGCCUCCGCCAGUGCCUCCGAACUCGCCCGUACAAAGAUAACUCUCCAGGGCGCCCUCAAGUCGUUCCAGGACUUUCCCAUUCCCGGUAUCAACUUCAUCGAUAUCCUCCCCUUGUUCCAGGACCCCGCCAUCCACAACGCCCUGCUCCGCGCCCUCGAGCUCCAGGUGCUCGAGUUUGUUGGCAGCUUGAAGCCCGAUGUGGUUGUGGGGUUGGAUGCGCGGGGUUUCCUCUUCGGCCCUUCGCUCGCCCUGAAGCUCGAUGCGAGCUUCGUGCCCGUCCGCAAAAAGGGCAAGAUGCCCGGCCCCUGCGUGACGGCUGCCUAUGAGAAGGAGUACGGCACCGACUUUUUCCAGAUGCAAGAGGGUGCUAUCAAGCCGGGCCAGAAGGUCCUGGUCGUAGAUGACAUUAUUGCUACCGGUGGAUCUGCCGCGGCCGCUGGCACCUUGGUGAAGCAGCUCGGAGGUGAGCUGGUCGGCUAUCUCUUCAUCCUCGAGAUUGCCUUCCUCAAGGGCCGUGAGAAGCUCGGUGGCGUUCCUACCAUUACUCUCCUCGAGACGGAUGAGUAAAAUAGCUCGGCCGACAUCGGUGCUUACACACUGACAACACACACGCAACAACACAAUUCGGCGGGCUCUUAUCCGACAUAUCCAUAUUCAACGGUUUCCGGGCUUUUUUAUUUUUCAACAUGAAACAGUUUAAAUACCCCUACAUUUGUUUUUUCUUACACGGGAUGAUUAUUCGUCAAUGAUGGGUGUGUGCGCGUGUGGAUUUUUCUUGGCCGAUAGACUACUACUCCUACUGUGAUCUUCAGGCAAACGGCAUGGGAGCUUUACUGGAUGGGCGUUGUGGUUUGUUCAAAAAUCCGGAGUGGUGAUUUGUGAUGUGGUUGUGGGCAAGGACAUCAUCACUAUCAAGGAAAGUAAUCAAGUAGACUUUGGGGCUUGCUGAUUGUUUCUCUUGUUGUACUACCACUACCUACACUCUCGCCACGUUGCCUCGGUUGUGGGCGACGGGCAAAAAUGAAUAAAAAAAAACAUAUGAAUCGCUCUUUCAUAGGUUCAUGUGAGAUAUGGGACCAGAAUAGUAUCUUCUCG